AUGAUUGUCGGUGGUCCUCAUAACCUCUAUACACUUGCCGAGGGUGCUCCUCUCCCCCGCAAUGACACAAGUGUCCAAGUCCGCAACAAGCAGGGCGGCGGCCUCGUCCUUCUCCAAGAUACCCAGUUGAUCGAGACCCUUGCCCACUUCUCGCGUGAGAGAAUCCCGGAAAGAGUCGUCCAUGCCAAAGCCGCCGGCGCUCGAGGCUAUUUCCAAGUCACCCACGACAUCUCCGACAUCACCGACGCUGACUUCCUCACUGGCAUUGGCAAGAGGACGGAGGUCUUGACCCGAAUCUCCACCGUCGGCCCGGAAGCUGGCUCCGCUGACACCAUUCGUGACUUCCACGGCUGGGCGAUCAAGUUCAAGACCGCCGAAGGGAACAAUGACUGGGUCUUCAACAACCAGCCCGUCUUCUUCGUCCGAGACCCCAUCAAAUUCCCCUCGCUGAACCGUUCCCACAAGAGACAUCCUGCCACACACACUUCCGAUGCCGACAUGUUCUGGGACUUCCACGUCGGUUCGCCCGAAUCGAUUCACGCGUUGAUGUUCCUCUUCAGCGAGCGGGGCACGCCCGCGUCCUUGCGCCACAUCAACGGAUACAGUGGCCACACCUACAAGUUCACGAAGAAGGAUGGCUCGUUCCACUACGUCAAAAUCCACAUUCACGCCGACGGCGGCAUCAAGAAUCUGACCAGCCAAGAGGCCACCAGACUUGCGGGUGAGAGCCCUGACUUCUUGACGAACGACCUGUUCAACGAGAUCGAGAAGGGCAACUAUCCCUCGUACACCGUGUCCAUUCAGACCAUCCACCCGGCUGACGUGGCCUUGUGCCCGGUCAACAUCUUCGACAUGACCAAGGUGUGGCCUCAUGAGCAGUACCCUCUCCGACCCGUCGGCAAACUAGUCUUUGACACCAACCCUACCAACUACUUUGCCGAGAUCGAGCAGGCCGCCUUUUCCCCGUCGACCCUGGUGCCCGGCAUCGAGCCCAGUGCCGAUCCGAUGCUGCAGGCCCGCAUGUUCGCCUACCCCGACGCGGCCCGCUACCGCCUGGGCGUCAACUACCAGAUGCUGCCUACCAACGCGGCCAAGGUGCCCAUCUACAUCCCCACGGAGCGGGAUGGCUUCAUGAACUUCAGCGCCAACUAUGGCCUGGACCCAAACUACCUGAACAGUACCAUCCAUCCCACAGGCUUCCACACCGUCGGCGUCGAGUCGCAAUACAAGCCGACCGAGGAGUUUCUGGAAGGGCCCGUCGUGUUCAGUUCCGAGGUGACUGACGAGGACUUCAAGCAGCCCCGCGCCCUGUGGACCAAGGUCAUGGCCAAGGAGCCGGGCGCGCAGGAAGCCUUUAUCGCCAACGUCGCCGGCAACAUCGCCGGCGUCAAGAGGGACUGGCUGCGUGAGAAGGUCUUUGAUCUCUUCCGCCGUGUCGACGAGUCUCUGGGCGACCGCAUCGAGGAGGCCGUCAACAAGCUGGUCAAGGCGUGA